AUGUCCCAAUUGAAAGUGUCCCAAUCGUUUCUACCGCACUGCAUCCUUCUCCCCGCCAUGGAAGACCAGCAGGCUGACGAGGACACGCCUCAGGCUGGCUCAGAUGAGCCACCGUUACCGCCGAAAGCCACGGAGCCACGCUCGGGGAUUGAUUUUCUUAGAGGUUCCGCUGCUCCAGUAACACCGGAUCCACCUAGGUCUACCGUAGAUGAUUCUGCAGUUAAAGACACGCCCACGGCCACACCUGAAGAGUCUCCCCGGGAGGCCGCCUUCACUAUACCCCCGGCUGUUGCUUCUUGCAGCAAAGAUCCCCAACCGACCGCGCCAAGUCCCACACCAAGCACCGUUGGUGUGUCCGUUGGUCCUCCGUCGGCUACCUCCACACCGAAGAGAGCGCGUUCAGGGAAGUGGGCGCAGCAUACCCUGCUCGUCGGAGGCCGCCGACUUUCUGCUUCGAACACUCCGGCUGAUCCACCACCUGCUGCAUCUGCACCGCCAGAGGAAGAUGUGUUCCCGAUCCGUGCGGACACCGGCUCGCCCGCCCUCACCAAGGCGCAGCUGCGGGAGCAGAUGUUCCUGGAGGCCAGCAUCAUGUACGAUACGAGGUGGUCGGGACAGUUCUCCUGGCUUGUGUUCGGAAAAACCAAGGAUGGGUUUCCCUAUGUGAAGUGCAGUGUCUGCAUGGCCUACGGGAAGGAGAACACGAGGUACGCGAGGCAGGGUGAUGACGGAGGCCGUGACAUGCAGACGCAGGCGUUUCGCGCACACGAGCACACGGACGCGCACAAAGCGGCUGUUGACCGGCAGCUGAAGAUUGCGAGAGGCAUCCGCGAGGGGCAGCAAGUGAUUUCGAACUUCAUCAACUCGGACGUCGAGGGCAGGCGCGCCGUCCGACUGUUGCGUUCAUGUUGCUUGUCUGAUUUCUACUCAACACUUAUUAACGUCGUCUAUUGCAAGGAGGCGCUGGCUGUUAAGGACGCGGCGACGUCCAACCCCGACCUCGGCAUGGUGGACAAUGUGGUGCGCACCGUGGCGGCAAAACUAGGAGAUUCUUCAGUCUGGAGCCAACGGUUCAAGUACCUGCAGCGUAUGAUCUACAACACUAACCUCGAAGUCCAGGGGAUCCACACAAUUCGCUGGCUCUCACGUGGAGAUGCGGUGCGACGGCUGUGCAAGGUGCUCGGUGCGUGUAUCGUUCUUCUGUGGGAGCGGAGUCACAAGGUGUACGAGAUCGUCACGUGCUACAAGUUCCAGUUUUGCCCGUUCUUCCUCGCCGACAUCCUCGCCGACAUGAACGACCUCAACCGCUGUUUCCAGAAGCGAGAUAUUGAUGUGACAGAGAUUGCGAAGACCAUCGAGGCCACCACGACGGAUCUGACUGAGCGGUAUUUGGAUACGGACAAGCAGUUCGGUGGCGAGGGCAAGUGCUGGCUGGUCGGCUUUCUGAAGCUGCACGGGCAUGGUGGAGGCAAGAAGGUCCGAGUGAGAGGCGUGGACGGGGAGGGACGCCCAGUGAACCAUCUGUACACCAUGCACGAGCGGAAGCUCCCGGGGCACAAGGUGGGGAGCGGAUACGAGGAGUGCGUGAAGCUGUGCCACACUUUCGCCCGCGAUUGCAUAGACAAUCUCAACGAGCGGCUUGAUGACCUGGGGAAGCUGGGGCCGACGAAGCUGUUUCGGGCCGGAAAGUGGCCGAAGAUCAAGGCACAACGGGAGAAGAAGUGCCGUGAGUGGCUUCUGGGAUGCAGCAAACUCUUCCGCCACAAGCUGCCGGGAUUCGACCUCAAGGCCGCAGAGAGGGAGCUUCCCACAUUCUGUGCGAUCAUGGAGGUGCACCACGAGCUGGAAAAAUUCACGCAGGGACUGACCAACAUUCUCGGGAGCGCGGACUCGAAGAGGUCUAUGAGGAGGAGGCGCCCCGCAAAGAGCGUGAAGCUUGCUGUGGCUGAUCGCGAAAGGAGGGGGAAAGCAAAGGAGGGUGAAGUCGAAGCAGGAGCUGCCCACCAGAACGAUGGGGAGGAGGACGAGGAGGAGGAGGAGGUGGAUGUGGAACAGGCCCUAGGCGACGAUCAGGAGCUUGUGGGGGAGGAGGAGGAGGAGGACAAUCCCUUCAUUUCGGACGAUGAGGAUGUGGAGGAAGUGUUCCACAUCGAUAGGCCUGUGCACUAG